AUGCCAACAAUUGGGAUUAAGAAGAGGGUGCUGGACAAAUAUCUUGGUAGAGAAUACACUGAGAAGGAAUUGGACGAAGUGUUCUUUAACUACGGAUUGGAAUUGGAUGAUAUUGUAGGUUUUGAUAGUUUUUGUUUAAAUUUUUAUUUUUUAGGUAGUAGAGAAGAAUGCUGAAGGAAAAGAAGAGUCUACAUUCAAGAUAGAAGUUCCAGCUAAUCGUUACGACUUACUGUGUGUAGAGGGACUAGCCAGAGCUUUGAGAGUGUUCGAAGGAGUGUAAGAUUAUUUAACCUUUUUUGCUUUAAUUUUAUGUUGACUUUACUUUUACAGUUUGUCUCUUGUUUUAAGCAUAACAUGAACUAUGAUUUCAGCGAGAAGCCUCCAAGAUAUGAAGUGUUAAAAGUAAAGGAUCCAGUUGUGUUAAAGGUCGAAAAGUCCGUAGAAGCAGUGAGACCUUACAUCGUCUCUGCGAUUUUGAGAGACGUAACUUUUGAUGAGGAUACCUACAACAGCUUUAUCGAUUUACAAGAUAAACUGCAUCAGAACAUCUGCAGGAAAAGGACUUUGGUAUCUGUUGGCACUCACGAUUUGGACACGGUUAAGGAACCUUUUUACUACCGAGCUUUGAAGCCGGAGGACAUUAAGUUUGUUCCACUGAACAAGACUAAGGAAUACAAUGCCAAAGAUUUGUUGGAGGAGUAUGAGGUAGGUUUAAUUUGUUUUUUUAAUGUUUUGAAAAUAUUUUGCUACAUUUGCUUUUGUCAAAAAAACUAUGGAAUUUUGUGAUUUUUAGGUUAUAUUUUGUUUAUUUGCAGAAGAAUGAGCUCCAUCUGAGAGAGUUUGUUCCAAUCAUCAAGGACAAGCCUUUGUAUCCAGUAGUCUUCGAUUCCAACAAUGUCGUAUGCUCACUACCUCCAAUCAUCAACAGCGAUCACUCCAAAAUUACUUUGAAAACAAAAAAUGUUUUUAUUGAAGCUACUGCGGUCGAUCUCAACAAAGCCAAUAUUGUUUUGGAUACUAUUGUAGCUUUGUUCAGUCAAUAUUGUACCAAGAAGUUUACAGUAGAACCAGUAAAAGUGGUGUAUGAGAAUGGAAAAAUGACUGAAGCUGUCUAUCCUGUAAGUUUUGACCGUAUGCAGGGCCGGGCGGGUACUUUUGGUCUGGGGGCAGGUGCCGAUUUUUUUUCAAAAAUUUUUUUUCCAAAAAUCCACAGGGGGGGGGGACCACGUUCAAAUUUUUUCAAAAAUUUUUUUCCAAAAAUUCACAGGGGGGACCACGUUCAAAUUUUUUUCAAAAAAUUUUUUUUCUGUGGGGGGGGUACGGGUACCCCCCCUCAUCUCCCCCCCUCGCGCCCGGCCCUGACCGUAUGUUUGUUUUGUUAAUAUUACUUUGUUGUGCAAGUAAAAGGUGUAGCAAUGUUGAUUUCAGUCGUUGUCCUACAGAGAGCAGAAUGUUGAUGUGCAGAGGAUGAACACCAAGAUCGGUAUUAAUGUGGAAGCUGACAAAGCCGUGGAGUUGUUGACUAAAAUGUCACUUUCGGCAAAGAAAGACAAAAAGGGGACGGUUACUGUAUGUUUUUAUAUUUGAAUAACAUAUUUUUAAAUUUUAAAACUUUUAAUUACCUAAACUUAAUCUAUUUUUGAUAUAAAAUAUAAAACUUGUCUAAUUUAGGUAACAAUUCCUCCAACCCGACACGACGUGCUUCACGAAUGUGACGUCGCCGAAGACUUGGCUUUAGCUUUUGGUUACAACAACUUGCCCACUCGGCUACCGCAAGCCCAUACUGUAGCGCAACCGUACCCAUUGAAUAAGUUGUCUGAUCAAUUGAGGAACGAAUUAGCUUUAGCCGGCUGGACUGAAGUCAUGAACUUUGCUUUGUGUUCAGAAGAUGACAUUACCACAAAGUUGAACAGGAAAGAUGUCAACAGUGUCAAAAUCGCCAAUCCCAAAACCUUGGAGUUCCAAGUGGCCAGGAAUUCGUUGUUGCCAGGCCUUUUGAAGACUUUGAGUAACAACAAAGAGAUGCCACUGCCAAUAAAGUUGUUCGAGGUACAAGAUAUUAUCCUUAAGGAUACGACGAAAGGUAAGGCAUCUCUUUUUGUUAUUUUAUUUUUAUUUAGACACGAAUUCUCGGAAUCAACGCAAUGCCGCGGCUGUAUAUUACAGUAAGACUGGCAGUUUCGAAGUUAUCCAUGGCUUGCUGGACAGGAUUUUUGAAGUGUUGGACGUUCCGUUAAGUAAAAGUGGAGGACGAGGAUACUUUAUCAAGGAAAAAGAAGGUAAGCAAAGUAUCUUUGGUUAUCUUUUAUAAUUUUAUCAAAUGAGUUGUAGUUAUUUUCCAUUGCAUUUAUUUUGUUUUCAGAUGAUGCCACAUACUUCCCUGGUCGAUCAGCUGAAAUAAACUAUAGGGACGAAAAGGGUACGGUAACCCAGCUCGGUGUCUUCGGUAUUCUACAUCCCCAAGUCUUGGCCAAUUUUAAUUUAAAUAUGCCUUGUUGUGCUCUGGAGAUCAACAUUGAGCCUUUUAUUUAA